GGCUUCUUGGGUGGCCUGGGCGGUGUUCUUCCCGCGCGUGACCGCCUUCACUAUGGCUGGGCUAGGGUCUGCUUUCCGUCGCUUAGGUGCCUUGUCCGGAGCCGGGGCCUUGGGCUUGGCCUCCUACGGGGCACACGGCGCCCACUUCCCGGAUGCAUACGGAAAGGAGCUGUUUGACAAGACCAACAAACACCACUUCUUACACAGCCUGGCCCUGUUAGGAGUGCCUCAUUGCAGAAAACCCCUCUGGGCCGGGUUGCUGCUAGCCUCUGGAACUACCUUAUUCUGCACCAGCUUUUACUACCAGGCUCUGAGUGGGGACACUAGCAUCCAGAACUUGGGCCCCGUUGGAGGGAGCCUACUCAUCUUGGGCUGGCUUGCCUUGGCUCUUUGAGAUCUCAUUUGUUUAGUUACUGAGUUUUCUGGGCAUUUUUUUUUAGGAGUUGGGGCAGAAAGGGAAUUAAAA